ACCGCUCUGGCAAGAGGAGAAGCAGGGCCAGCAGCACAUCGCAGGGCGAACUUCAGACUCUAAUUUUACACCCAAGUCAUCUCGAUUCUGAUUGCAUCUGGUUUAAUAACCGAGAUUGGAACAAGAGUCAAACCUUAAAAAGAUAUCAGAAAUUUCCUUCGACACUAUAAGCCAUGAAUUCGAGGUUCCUCCCUAAAGCGCUGAGAAUCAAGCCGACCUUACAGCUCGUUACAGUACACAGUAUGUGGACGCAGCAUGAGGGUCGAUAAUUACCGAAUUACCUUAUGAUCACCUGUGUGAUCAGGUGACUUCUGCGAUUCACCAUUCCCUUGUCAAGCACUACAGGCCGAAUGGCACGAGUCGAGACGGAACCAGAUCAGGAAACCAGAGAUCGGUCAUUUGGCCGGGUUCAUAUCAUUGAGCCCAAGUCUGACCAUACCCAUACGGCCCUGAUGCUGCAUGGCCGUGGCAGUAACGGGGAGGAAUUCGCAGAAGAGAUUCUUGAAUCCAAGCUCUCCGACGGUUGCUCACUGUAUGAAAAAUUGCCCGGAUGUCGCUGGGUUUUUCCAUCUUCUGGAACACUGUGGAGCGCCGCUUUCCAAGAAGACAUACCUGCUUGGUUCGAAGCACACUCAUUGACCGAUAUUACCGAGCGCCAGGAUCUUCAAGCGAGCGGCAUAAAAGAUUCCGUGAACUACAUCAUCGGUAUAAUCAACGACGAGGCUAGUCGCCUGGACGGGAAUACGCACAGACUGGUGCUUGGGGGAAUCAGUCAGGGAGGCGCGGUUGCACUGUGGACCCUACUCUGCCAAAGAAACUCAGCAAUAAGGCCGGGCGCUGUUGUAGUUGCGAGUACAUGGCUUCCGUUUGCCGGCAACAUCGAGCGGGCACUCGCAGGAUGGCAGGCCCCUGAUAGUCUCCAGGAAGCGGAGUCAGAUGCGUUCGUAGAGCAGAUGAUGGCUGUGAAAACAAGCCGGGGAAUGGACGAUGGCGGUCAAGAUUCUCGGAGACUCCCUCCAGUUUUCAUCGGUCAUGGCAUAGACGACGCAUAUGUGGAUGUGACGCUCGGGCGACAGGCAGCCCACGUUCUCUCCCAAGCUGGACUGCAGGUCGAGUGGAAGGAAUAUUCCGGCGCGGAACUGGAAGGGCAUUGGUUCAAGGUCCCAGAAGAGAUAGACGAUAUCCAUCGAUUCCUUGCCCGGGUCGGAUGAGUUAGCUGGUGAUGGUGCGGAAUAGUGGUCGAACUAUAAUGUCCAGAUCAGAUCAACUAUGUGGUUAGAAGGUGGAGGCUGAUAUUAAGAAUCUCGUCGGAAGGAUGAUAGCGUCGUGCUAUGUCUGAAACUACAUACACAGUGGUGAUGUUAAGUCAGCUUAACUCUCAUUAAGUCUAUCUUCACUCUUACUUCUAAGUCAACUUCACGCUCACUUCUAGAUAAGUGCUCUUUACCGGUUGCCA